GAAAUUGCAUUGCAUGGUAGCUGGCCAUGGUCUGUCAGCAUGCGUAAGAAUACUGACUUUCAUUUCUGGGGAGGGACCUUGAUAAAACCUGGUUGGGUUGUGACGGCUGCACAUUGCUUGGAUGACGAAUUACCACCGGAUCGUUACGCCAUUAAAGUCGGGCACAACAAAGGUACAGAAGUCGAGAUGCAAGAGAGGAAAGUUCGCCGAUACAUUUUACAUAAAUCGUAUUCUAGACCCAAACACGACAUUGCGUUGGUCCAGCUAAAAACACCGUUUAUUAUCACAAAACACGUGCGUGUUGCCUGCCUGCCUGAACCUGAUUAUGAAGUUCCCGGUGGUAGCUUUUGCGUCACGACUGGUUGGGGUAGAACUUAUGAUGAUGAUAAGGCCCGAGGGGAUUUGAAGCAAGCAGUGUUGCCAGUACAUAGCUACGAGGACUGCAAUUCCUAUUUAUCUUCUCACUACAUGGGGGAUAAAACUCAAAUGUGUGCUGGGUGGAAAGGAGAGGGCGUGGAUACAUGUAAAGGCGACAGUGGUGGACCAUUGGUCUGUUUGAAUAACGGUCGCUGGACUCUACAGGGAGUGACAUCAUGGGGACCAGGGGAAUGCAAAGACAAGCAAGGAAACUAUGGAUCGUAUAGUCGUGUCAGCAAAUAUAUGGGAUGGAUUAAGAAGAAGAUGGCAAAGUACAGCUAAAUCUGGCAGCUACAAUUCGCAUAUUCGAGAAGCAUUUACAUGUUUUUGUGCUUCAGUUAUUUGACUAUAUAUAACCAAGUGCAUAUUUGUUUUUUACGCAUAGGAGGGUUUACAACCGCCUUAUUAUUGUACUACUAUUAGUUGGAUAGAAAU